AUGACGGCCGCCUCCUCGUCGGCAUCGUCUUGGUCCAAGGCCACGGACCGCGAUGUCGAGUCGCAGCAACCGACGUCAACCAGGACGUCGCAUUGGAGUGUGCUGCUGGAUCAAGCAGGCGUCGAUGACCGAGUCCUUCAGCACACCUACUUCGGCAAUGGCACCCUCGAAUCGCCCUAUCUCGUCGACUUCCUGCCCGACGAUGCCCGCAACCCGACGACGUUCUCGAGACGCAUGAAAUGGUCCAUCACCAUCAUCGCCGCCCUGUCGACCCUCGCCGUUUCCUUUGCGAGCUCCGCCUACUCGGGUGGCGUUGUCGAGAUCAUGCGCGACUUUCACGUCUCCACCGAGGUCGUCAUCCUCGGCGUCUCCAUGUUCGUCCUCGGAUUUGCCGUCGGGCCCCUCAUCUGGGCUCCCCUGUCGGAGCUCUACGGCCGCCAGCACCUCUUCUUCUUCACCUAUCUGGCCCUGACGGCCUUCAACGCCGCCGCUGCCGCCGCCCCGAGCAUGCCUGCCCUCAUCGUACUCCGCUUCUUCGCCGGCGCCUUCGGAUCGUCACCUCUGACCAACGCCGGCGGUGUCAUCGCCGACAUGUUCUCGGCCAACGAGCGAGGCAUCGCUACGAGCAUCUUCGCCAUGGCACCCUUCCUCGGCCCGGCUCUCGGCCCCAUCGCAGGCGGCUUCCUCGGCGAGGCCAAGGGUUGGCGCUGGGUCGAGGGUCUCAUGGCCAUCUUCACCGGCGUCCUCUGGAUCGUCAACUCUCUCGUCUACCCCGAAACCUACGCGCCCGUCCUUCUCCGGAAGCGUGCCGCCGCCCUGUCGGAGAAGACGGGCAAGGUGUACAUCUCAAAGCUCGACGCCAACCACGAACCGAAGAGCGUCGGCAGCCAGUUCCGCAUCGGCCUGUCCCGCCCGUGGAUCCUCCUCUUCCGGGAGCCCAUCGUGCUCCUGACGUCCAUCUACAUGGCCAUCAUCUACGGCACCCUUUACCUCUGCUUCGCCGCCUUCCCCAUCGUUUUCCAGCAGGGUAGGGGGUGGAAGCCCGGAGUCGGAGGCCUCGCCUUCAUGGGCAUCGCCGUCGGCAUGAUGCUCACCACCAUCGGCACCAUCUUCGACAACAGGCGCUAUCAGAGAGUCGCGGCCAAGGCCGGCGGCAUGGCGCCCCCCGAGGCCCGGCUCCCCCCCGCCAUCCUCGGAUCCAUCCUGAUUCCCGUCGGCCUGUUCUGGUUUGCCUGGACCAACGGCCGGGAAAUCCACUGGAUCGUUCCCAUCGUCGGUUCCGCCUUCUUCGCUUCCGGCAUCGUCCUCGUCUUUCUGUCGUUGAUGAAUUAUCUCAUCGACUCUUAUGUCAUCUUCGCCGCCUCCGUCCUCGCCGCCAACUCGGUGCUGCGCUCUCUCUUCGGCGCCGCCUUCCCGCUCUUCACCACGUACAUGUACAGAGACCUGGGCAUCCACUGGGCGAGCUCUAUCCCGGCCUUUCUCGCCCUCGCGUGCGUGCCGUUCCCCUUCCUCUUCUACAGGUACGGCGCCGCCAUUCGCAUGAAGUGCAAGUUCGCCACCGAGGCCGCCCAGGUGCUCGCGGUCAUGCGUGCCAAGCACGUCGAAAUCACCGAAGACGAGGCCAUCGUCGAGGCCGACGAGGCGGAGAUGGAGAGGCGUCACAGCAGAGCAAUGACCAUGACGCGGUCGAAGACGCGAGAGUCCGCCUGA